UAUGUCGCGGAGCAGAUGACGUGUCUGAAAAAGGAGUUGCAGGUUUGCCACGUCGGUCGCUGUGUGGAAGCGACAGGUCUAGUGUACGAGCAAACAUAAGUUUUUAAAGCGUUCUAACACUUUUGGUGGUGAAACUAUAGUCAUUUUACCACUACGCGGGUUGGUAAACACACGUUUCAGGUGCAAUUUCCUAGUAAAGGUCCCCGAACAGGGCAACUUUUCAACAUAAGGCAAGUAACAAUGUUCCCUCUCGGCUCUAUUCUGCUGGCUGUCCACGACCACACGACUGACUGAUGUCUCAGCGUUCACAUCAUCCACUAUUCAUUGAUGUGUGAGUACACGACUUCUGUGGUUGGGCAGUGCCGGGCGUGGCUGUGAGGUCGCAGUGGAGAGCAGCUGGGGUCAUCGGGGUCGCCGGGGUCGCUGGACAUGCCCGGGGGCCGACGGGGUCCGAGUAGACAGCAGCUGAGCCGCUCCGCGCUGCCCUCACUGCAGACGCUGGUCGGGGGCAACUGUAGCAACGGCACCGGCCUGAGGAACAGGAACAGCACCUCUGUGGGCCUCUCGGCGCCCCCCCUGACGGCCCUGAUAACCCCAGAGCCCGUCCGGCACUCGCGCAUCCCCGACCUGCCCAUGGACGGCAGCCUGCUGUUUGAGCUCCUGCUCUUCCUCUACCUGCUGGUGGCGCUGUUCGUGCAGUACAUCAACAUUUACAGGACUGUGUGGUGGUACCCCUACAGCCACCCUGCUGCGUCUCUGAACUUCCAUCUUAUGGACUACCACCUGGCAAUCUUCAUCACUGUCAUGUUGGCCAGGAGAUUGGUGUGGACCAUAAUUUCAGAGGCGUCCCAGGCCAGCUCCUCCUCUCUGGUGCGGUACGUGGUGGUGAUCGCGGCCAGACUCACUCUGCUCACGCUCUGUGGCUGGGUGCUGUGCUGGACGCUGGUCAACCUCUUCAGAAACCAUUCAGUGCUCAGCCUCCUGUUCCUGGGAUACCCGUUUGGGGUGUAUGUUCCGCUCUGCUGCUUCCACCAGGAGAGUCGGGUGCAGGUGGUGCCCACAGACUGCGGGUAUCUGGACCAGGAGUCCCAGGACGGCUCCCUGCUCCGGCCCAAAGACUUCCUCACCCUGCUGCGUGAGAACCUGCGCGAGCAGUUCGCCAGCCCGGCCUCGGUCCCCGCCCACACCUGCCCGCUGUCGCCCGAGAUGAUCCGCAGCGAGGUGGAGGGCCUGAAGACCGACUUCAACCGCCGCAUCAAAGAGGUCCUCUUCAACUCGCUCUUCAGUGCCUACUACGUGGCCUUCCUGCCACUCUGCUUCGUCAAAAGUACGCAGUACUACGACAUGCGCUGGGCGUGUGAGCACCUGAUCAUGGUCUGGAUCAACGCCUUCGUCAUGCUGAUGAGCCAGCUGCUGCCGCCCAGUUACUGUGACCUGCUGCAUCGCUCUGCCGCCCACCUGGGCCGCUGGCACAAGCUGGAGCACGGCUCCUACAGCAACGCUCCACAACACCUGUGGUCAGAGAGUACAAUCUGGCCUCAGGGAGUUCUGGUGCGACACAGUCGCUCUCUCUACAAAGCUGUUGGGCCAUACAAUGUAGCCCUGCCUUCAGACGUCUCCCAUGCACGGUUUUAUUUUCUGUUCCACAAGCCUCUGCGGAUCCUGAACCUGCUGAUCGGGAUCGAGUCCAGCGUGAUCCUGUACCAGCUGUACUCUCUGCUGCGCUCCGAGCGCUGGAACCACACGCUCUCCCUGGGCCUCAUCCUCUUCUGCAACUACUACGUGCUCUUCAAGUUGCUGCGGGACCGUAUCGUGCUGGGCAAGGCCUACUCCUACCCCCUCAGCAGCGCCGGCAGCAUGGGGCUCAAGUCCCAGUGAGGCCCGGCCGGGGGGGAGCGCCAGGGCGGGGGGCCAGGCCCGUACCCCUGCCCUUCUGCCCAGGGAUAGAGAACUCUGAGGACGGGGCGGCAGCGGGGGGGGAAAAAAGCGGGACUCCGAAAUAUUAUUUUGAUACGGUUCUAUUUUUC